UUUGGCCCGAUCUUUUCUUGUCGAUUUCUUCUGGAUUUUUUUAGCCUCAAUGUUUCUCGGGAUCUUGUUCUUUGUGCGAUGUUUCGUUUUUUCUUGGGGCGGGAGAGUUUAGAGCUCUUUUUGUUGAAAACGAAGUGUGGAUUUGGUUAAGGGGCUUGACUUGGAUAGGUUUUAAGUGUCUCGAUUGGAUUCAAACAGCUAUCAUGUACGAUUAAAGGGCUGGCCUUUUACUUAAAUCUGGAGGGCAAACCGCAUUUAGAUCGAGGGCUGAAGAUAGAUUUUUCAAGUGAUGUAUAUAUGGCAAGAAUGUGGUGGACGUCGAGAAUUUUAUACGAUGUGAACGAGCUGAGACUUUGGUCCUUAGUGACACGGUUCACUGGCAAUCGAUCAUGUUGAAAAGAUGGUAUUCUAAUAUCCAGUUUGAUGAUGCUAUUUCGUGAGGGCUUGCGAUCGAGCUUCAUUCUGGUUGGUUGGAGACUUCGAGUAGAUUUAGAAAGAUAAGUACCGGAAGCGUUUCUGUGGGGGAGUUAUCUGAUCUUGCUAGUUCUGUGUUCGUAUGGUUUCUUUGACUUUGUGUUUAAGUUCUAUUUAAAUUUCGAUUGUUCUCUUCUUAUUCCGUUAUGUGAUUGGUUCACCAGGCUGAGUUCUUUAACGAUAUAUAUAUAGUUUUUUAUUUGAAGUUCAUAUCUCUAAGUGCAUAGCUCUUUUCUGAAUGUUGAGGUUUUUCUCGCUAAAAUUGAUCCUGCAAGAUUUAGAUGCCCAAAAGCUCAAGUCCUGUUGACAAAUCAUUUUCAGGGGUUUCUUUAUCUAACUAAUUUGGUCCUAGAGGAAUUUUAUCAGAAAAUAAGUUCAUAAAUCCUCAUUAAUUUUCUAGAAUUGGUUGAGUUGAGGGUUGUAUCUUCAUUGCUUGGAAAUAGAAGAUAUUUAGAUUGUUGGAUGAGAAUGUAAUGACAGAAAACUACCAUUCUGAGGAUGGAUCUUUUUGUGGAUUUAAAUAUUGAGGGAAAAUGGUUCUCAAAGGGAUCAAAGUGCUGAAAAAGGAUAUGGAAAAGCUAGCAUUUCCAUGGCAUGUAUUCCUUGACAAGGAUAACCCUGAAGGACUCAAAGGGAGAUCAAGAAGAAAUGGACUGUGGUUCUUUGUUACCAUUUCUAGUUAAUAUUAUCAUUAUAUAACAUUCUUGCGUUGCUCUUUGCUGCUUACUCCAGCAGUUUCAGCAACUGAGCAGAUGUGGCUCAUGAGGUAUUCAGAUUUUAAAGAAAAAUCAGAUGUACUUUUUUACCAUGCUAUGAUUUGUGCUUAUCUAUAGCUUGCAUCAGGACCACUCCUUGUGAAGGUUUCCCAAAUAAGAUGGAUGCACAAACUUUGGAACAAGACAUGCUUUCAGUUUUAAUAAGUUUAUGUGUUCCCUUCCCUUUAACAAUUAACGAAUUCUCUUUUCUGAUCUGGAGAAAAUGAUUGUCUCACCUCAUCAUUUACCCUUAAGAACCUUUUUUUAAUGCAAGUCUAUUCUUGAUCUAUGUAUCCAGAACUGGUCCAUGCUUAGUAAGUUACUAGUAUCACUAUUAUUUUCCAUUGUUUCUUGUUUUUUCUUGAACUGGAUGCUUAGAGGAAUUCGUAGCACAUACAUCUGAUGUAAACUGUUUAAAUAUUGGAAAGAAAUCAAGCAGAGUUUUUGUUACUGGUGGUGAUGAUCGCAAGGUGAAUCUAUGGGCAAUUGGCAAACCAACUCCAUUGCUGGAUCUUCCAAUGGUUCGAUUAAGCUGUGGGAUUUGGAAGAGGCAAAGAUUGUACGCACUCUUAGCGGGCACAGAUUCAAUUGUACCUCUGUUGAAUUCCAUCCAUUUGGUGAGUUCUUUGCAUCCGGUUCUUCGGACACCGAUCUCAAGAUUUGGGAUAUUAGAAAAAAGGGAUGCAUCCACACCUACAAGGGCCACACACGCGGAAUUCGAACAAUCAAAUUUACUCCAGAUGGGCGGUGGGUUGUUACUGGUGGAGAAGAUAAUGUAGUGAAGGUAUGGGAUUUGACCGCAGGGAAACUUCUUCAUGACUUUAAGUUCCAUAAAGGACAAAUCCGGUGCAUAGAUUUUCAUCCUCAUGAGUUUUUACUUGCAACAGGUUCAGCUGAUCGAACUGUAAAGUUUUGGGACCUAGAAACAUUUGAACUAAUAGGUUCUGCAGGGCCAGAGGUUACUGGGGUACGCUCCAUGAUCUUUCAUCCCGAUGGACGAACUCUAUUUUGUGGUUUGGAUGUAACCCUAAAGGUUUUCUCCUGGGAGCCUAUAAGAUGUCAUGAUGUUGUUGAUAUGGGGUGGUCUACUUUGGGUGAUCUCAGUAUUUAUGAAGGAAAACUUUUGGGAUGCUCCUAUCAUGAAAGUCGUGUUGGAGUUUGGGUUGCUGAUAUAUCACUAAUUGGACCAUAUGCUGUUGGUGUGGUGUCAAAAACAUAUGAUCUUAUGGAGCCUGUAUAUAGUAAUGGGGAAGAUCAUUCUACCAAGCUGAUGGAAAGCAACAUAAAAUCUAGUACUGCACUGAUUACAGGACAUCAUGACUUUGGAGGUAAACCAAAAGAAAGUGUCCUACAAGGGAUCAAUUCUACUUAUGCUUCAAGCAUGGCUUCAAUGAAUUCAACUGAUGUCAAAAGGAAUAAAAGCGCCAUAAGCCAUAGUACUCCACAAGGAUUUGAUCGGAAGUCUACUUCCAAAGCAUCCGCUGUGAAUUCUACUACAUUCAGGGUUGUUAAAGCUACAGAGAGCCCUUCUAAUACUCUGAACAGAAUGGAAUCAGGUUUUGCAACAAGGCCGAUCUCAUCAUGUUCAACUGUAAUGAGUAUGCAUAAUUCAUUAACCUUGAGGAAAGGCUCAAUGAUGGAGGCAAAUGCAGUGAUGGAUGUCCAGGCAAUUGCUAAUCCUGUAUCCAUGCCUGUUGUUGUACCAAGAGACAGUUUAAACCAGGACACUCCUGGUAGUUCUAGAAAAGUAAUUGCAGACACUGAAGCAACAACUCAGGGUUCGAUGCUCUGCAAACCAACUCAAAUGCGGAAGCCAUCUUUUCUUGGUGGUUGUAGUGAGGGCGAAUUGAUUGCAACUGUAUCCGGGCCUUUGAGUGGCAUGAGUAAUAAUUUAGGUGUUUUGGACCCAAAGUUACUCUCCAAGACAGCUGUGAGCCAAGAAGCUGCAGAAGCUGAUGAAGGAAACCAUAGAAGGACCAAAAGCAUUGCAGAAAAAUUUGAAAAAAUAAUGUUAUUGGAGGAGCCGUUACAAGUAUAUACUGACAAAAAUGCUGAAGCACCAUGCUCUAACAGUGAAACAAAUUCAGUCAAAUAUGUCAGAGGAGUGGCCGUUCAACUUGGAAGGACACGAUCUCUAGUUGAAAGCUGGGAAAAAAGAGAAAGAUUUAAUAGUGGUUACUCAGCAACAAUUAGUUCUUCCUCUGACCCAGCCCACAGCAAUGACACUUCAGCAUCUUUGCUUAAAGCACCAGAGAAAACCUCUGAAAGGGACGUGAUGUCAGCGGAUGAUGAUUUUGUUCCAGAUAUACUAUUGCAAAACCAUAAUGUAUUCAUUAAUGCUGUAAAAUCUCGGCUAACAAAGUUACAGGCGGUGAGGCACUUUUGGGAACAAAAUGGUAUUAAAGGUGCAAUCAAUGCAGUAGUGAAGUUGCCUGACCAUUCUGUUCAGGUAGAUCUUAUCAGUAUUCUCAAGGAGAAAAUUGACCUUUUUACUCUUGAACUUUUCUCGUGCUUGCUUCCGCUUCUUGUGGGUUUAUUGAACAGCAGGACUGAAAGGCACCUUAUUGUCGCCCUGGAAAUGCUAUUGGAGCUUGUGAAGAUCUUUGGACCGGUUAUCCAUUCAACAAUGUCGGCAUCUUCACUAGUAGGGGUUGAUCUUCAGGCAGAGCAGAGGUUGGAGCGUUGCAGUAACUGCUUCAACCACUUGGAAAAGAUAAAACAAAUGCUCCCUUCCCUGAUUAGAAGAGAGGGGCUGCUAGGAAGACAUGCUCAGGAAUUGAAUCUCUUCUUGCUUGACUUAUGACCGACCAAAGCAGCCAAAGUUUCUUCUGACUACACUUUUACGUCUCUUUUGAUACAAAGAAAAAAAAACUCCUGCUUUUAAGUCCUGGGUACCAUCCAAGUAAUCAACCCCAGUAUUCCUUGCCUACUGCUUCUGAUGACAAUCUAUUGGGCCUGGCAGUCCCCUAGUCCUAACCAAGCUACCAGAUUCAUUAUCCUCCAGAGCCUGCUGCAUAAUCCGACAUGGAUCUACUUCAUCAAUUUUGCCAGCUUCUGGUAUAUGUUGUAUGUAUAAUAACGUUCAGUUAGACAAUAUUCUUUAGAACAUCAUGUCAAUUGUCUUCUACACAGUUAUUUGUAGACCUCCAUAUAUUGGACAAGGGUGGAUUUGGGGGCAUGCUUAAUUGAUAAAUAUUUCUAGCAUAUGAUACAUGCACUUAUUUUUUGAUCAGAUGAGCCGAUCCUCUUGAAGACUUUU